CGGGCAGCGGGCGGGCGGGCAGCGGGGCGGGCAGCGCGGCGCGGCGUUAUGGGGCCGUGCUGAGGCUCGGGGGUGCCCAUGCGGCGCCGGGCAGAGCCGAAGCGAGCCGGACCAACUCCAGCCAUGCAUCCCGGCGCGCCCGCGGGCACAUGGGGCAGCGCUUGAACCGCUGCCUCGAUGUCCCCGUCGCGCUGCCGCCGCUGAGGCGGAGGCUCCUGCUGCUCUUCAUCAUGCUCUUCCUCUGGCUCUAUAUGUUUUACUCCUGCGCCGGCUCCUGCGCCGGGCUGGCGACCCGCGGUUCCCCCGCACCGCCCCGCGCCGCCCCGCCGCUUCCCCAGCUGCUACCGCCGGUUCCGGGGGAGCCGGGCGAGGAGAGCAGCCUGGAGGAGCAACGGGCAGCGCCCGACGCCGUCAGCCCCAUCUCCACCUUCUUCAACGGCUCCGGCACCAAGCGGCUGCCGCAGGCCAUCAUCAUCGGCGUGAAGAAGGGGGGGACGCGGGCGCUGCUGGAGUUCCUGCGGGUGCACCCCGACGUCCGCGCCGUCGGCGCCGAGCCCCACUUCUUCGACCGCAACUACGAGCGGGGACUCGCCUGGUACAGGGACCUCAUGCCCAGGACCCUGGAGGGGCAGAUCACCAUGGAGAAGACCCCCAGCUACUUCGUCACCAAGGAGGCCCCAGCCCGCAUCUCCUCCAUGUCCAAGGGCACAAAGCUCAUCGUGGUGGUGCGGGACCCCGUGACCAGAGCCAUCUCGGACUACACCCAGACGCUCUCCAAGAAGCCCGAUAUCCCCACCUUUGAGAGCCUGACCUUCAAAAACAGGACUACGGGCCUGAUCGACACCUCGUGGAGCGCCAUCCAGAUUGGCAUCUAUGCCAAGCACCUGGAGAACUGGCUCCUCUACUUCCCCAUCGGGCAGAUCCUCUUUGUCAGUGGGGAGAGGCUGAUCAGCGACCCCGCGGGGGAGCUGGGCAGGGUCCAGGACUUUCUGGGCCUCAAGAGGAUCAUCACCGACAAACACUUCUACUUCAACAAAACCAAGGGGUUCCCCUGCCUGAAGAAGGCGGAAGGCAGCAGCAAACCCCACUGCCUGGGGAAGACGAAAGGCAGGACCCACCCCGACAUAGACCAGGAGGUGGUGCAGAGACUGCGGGACUUCUACCGGCCCUUCAACAUGAAGUUCUACCAGAUGACGGGGCAGGACUUCGGCUGGGACUGAGGCUGGCGUGGGAAAGUCUCCUGUAAUUUCUUGCCCAGCACGGUUUGCGUAUAUAAAGAGAUAUAUAUGUAUGUAAAAUGUACAGAAAUCUAUUUUAUAAUAAUUUAUUUUUAAUUCCUAAGCAAUUAAUUCACUAAGCUGCCUAACCGCACUGGCUAGAAUGGUAGCCCGUAACCUGUUUAACAUUCCAUGGUGUUUAAUUCUAAUAUGUCUCUCCUUUUUUUUUUUUUUUCCCCACCCCUUCUGUUUUCUCCUCUUUUUGGUUUGGUUUGUAACAGACGGUGCUUCCAUUUUUCCUAAACAAAAUUUGUAUUUAAAAAAUCAAAAAAAGCGAGGGUGGCAGGGGAGGGGUGGGGAGGGAGGGAAAGCACAAAUUUAUUUUUGUUACGGGUAUCUGGCCUUUAUAAACACUUGCUUUCCCUAUUCCAGUGUCCCAGUCUCUGCUCCGGUGUUGUGCUCCCUUGUCCCACAGCUUUACAGUUAGUCCCGCAGCCCCGGGGGAGGUUUCUCUGGGGCGGGUGGGGAGGGAGGCUGGUCAUCUCCCUACAACCCACAUACCUCUGCUGAGCAGCAGUGCGUUUUACUGGUGGCUGUAAAGCGCAGGGAACCCCAAGCCAUACAGCUCCUGCUCUGCAGCCCAGGACUCUGCCGGGAGGGUAACGUGCUCGUUUUCCAGCGGAGAAGCCGCAGAGCCUGUUGCAUGGGCAGAGCUGUCUCCUCAGUAUACUUAUCUUUCUUGCCUUUUGUCAAGGAGGCUCUUUCCCACGAUCCCUCUAUGCAUUUUAAAUCUUUACUGCAGGACAAAUGUAAAAAUACAUGUAUCUGUAUGUGACACGCUCAGCGCUGGUCUGAAUGACUUGCAAGAAGCGUCGCUCCAGGAGUGCCUGUGCGCACAGAGCACUGCUGGGAGGUGGCUGCGCCGGCAGCGCGGGGAGCAGCGUCCACCCACCAAAGACGCCAGCAGAGUUGCGGUGUCACGGGAAAACCCCAGGUCUCUGCUUGGUGCCAUCCCUAGCAUGGAGGGUGUCCCAGGACACGGCGCAGGCAGCACUACCAUCUCCAGCCCUGCAGCCGCUGGAGCAGCUCCCGGUGCCUAAGACUGGGGAACAUCAACCUUGGCCCCCUUGAUUCCCAUUACAUUUUGGUCCAACACCCUAUCCACGGUCUCUCCCAAGAAUCUGUAGAAAAGCAGGGGGGAGUCUGGGCUGUACUUGGGUUGGGGUGUUGCUGUCAGCCCAGGUGUAGCCAGGUACGCCCCCCCCCUGCCCCGAUGCCCCGGGCAAGCGCAGGGGUGGUAGCCAGGCAGGACAGGAGGCUCUGAGCACUUAACCAUCAACCCAGGUACAAUAACCUGGAGAUCCUUCCCCUCAGGUGGAACCAAAUGCUUUGGGGCAUUAGGACAGGUUGGCAGGGCUCUCCUGAGAGCUCUAGGCACGUUUUGUGUGCUCAGGACGUUUUGAUAAGCACCGUGUGUGCCAAUGCCUUAUCGUUACUGUCGGGGGUUCUGCUAGCUCAACUGGAACGUUUUCAGAGCAAGGUGGCAGCAGAAGUGAUUUGCUCCUUGAAUUUUUAACAGAAGCAGGGCUACGUUGUCUUUGGGCAACAAGAACCCAUGCACCUCACCUGCAGCGCUGAAAUGAUGUACUGCACUGAGCAUGGAGCUUGCUGGAUAAAUCUCAUGACAUUACCAUGUAAGCACUUGCAUAAAGCAGGCGGUGUAAGUAAAACUCGAAACAGCAAAUGCACCAAUGGGCAGAGCAUACGUGAGUUGUGUUAAUCCUCUAGUUUUAUAUGCAUUGCCUAUAUAAAUGCACGCCCUGCACAUCUCCCCAGUCACCCAUAGCAAACCACCUUUGAGUACCACAUUGCUGAGCCAUGCCCAGCUGUGGUGGGGUGUUUUCAGUGGCAUUUCCCAGAUGUUUCUUUUACUUUGCAGCCUCCUUGCUCUUGCCUGCUCCUUACAGCUCUCUGCUGCAGCUGUUUGGUGAUGAAAAGGCUCUUUGGAGCCUGGACUGCGCUCUCCCUGGGUCUUGAUUUAGUCCUGCUCAGGUGGAUACCCACCUCUGGGUCUGCUGGAGGGAUUUGCAGGUAAAGUGCUGCCCUUCAGUGCUUUGUUUGAACCUAAGGGCUCUUGGCUUGGCUCAGCAGUGUCACAUCUCUGAAGGGAUUUAGGGACUCGCACCUCCCUCAGUGCUGGUGGGGCGUGUGUGGGUUCAUACAUGGGGUGCAGUGCACUGGGGUGUCCUCAAGCAAAGGGAGAUGCUAAGCAUAACGUCAGGACUGAGCUGCCUAGCAAACCUGCUGUGAGCAGGGUGCAAAUCCCUCCUUGGGGUUUGCCUCCAAGCACAUCAUCCUACAAACAGGAAAGUUGGGCAAAUCCUCUCCUUUUUGCCCUGAGCCAUUUCUAGCAACAAAGCGAUGCUUUGGCCCGAUGCAGUCCCACUUCCAGAAGUCACAGGCGUGAGCGUGGGGCCUGCUGAGCUGCGCAGGUUGACAGACCACACACACAAUGCCCGUCCUGCAAAACACAGCUGCAAACCUUGAGUGGUGAUUGGAUCUAUGCAUGUUUGGGGUCUUUGGUUUUAGCUCCAGCCAGGUCCCUGGCUCUGUUCCCCGCUGCCAGGACAGGCAAUGAAUGCACGAGCGUGUCUGCUUUAUCACAAACCCUGCUGCUGUUGGGUGACUGAGGGGAAGGGGCUGCGGGGGUGAGGGGUGGGGAGGAGAAGAAAAUACUUCCUGGUGGAAGAGUGGGUUUUGGUUCUCAAAACCUCAGUCGUCCUACUAGCUGGCUUAUGCAGUGUGUGGAAAGACGCUCAUCCUCUCCACUUGGCCUUUGGGUAAGCUCCCAGCCGCGACCGCACUGCUUCCCCAAGCGGUUUCGCUGGCUGAGCCCUUCCGCUGCGUGGCAAGAGCCUCCGGGAUCUACCGCGUUGGCGUGGCUUCCUUUCCGUGCGGUUCCCUCCGGAGCACGUGUGCGUGCCUGCUUUUGAAUGCUGGAAGAUUUCGCAUCCCCUACGUCUUCCUUCUUCCUUUCUUGGAAACAACUUUUUAAUAUCCCAAUGCCUUCCUCAGCUAUACAGCAGAGUGUGGGCUUAAUUUGUAUAAUCAAGCCCUGCUGAAAAACGCUCUCAUGAAGCAAUCUUGUUGGAAAGUAGGAAUACAGAGAGUGAAUAAUAACUUCUAACCUUAAGCAAAUUGUUAGCCCUGGCUCAAUAUCCUUCGUAAUGAAGUCUGCACUAGACUUUUAACAUAAAGGCCUUACCUAGCAAAUAAGACAAUGAAGUUGAAUUUCCCGUGGUGUACAUCUGGUUGCUAAUACCAGAAUCAGUGCUAUUGUCAUAAUUUAAAAAAAAAAACAACAAUAACUUUUUUUGAAGUUAAGCUUGAAGGUGUGAUUAGAAGUUCUUUUUUUUUUUCCACAUAGUAACAUUAAUUUAUGGCUGAGUUUCAUUCAGUCCUGUAUUCAGAAGUGCAGUACAGAUAUUAGUGACGUGUUGUCUGUAACAUGGUACUAUAGAGUAGCCAAUUUGUAAGAAAAAGAACAAAAUGGAAAGAAAAAACAAAAAAACGCACAAAAAAGAAAAUCUGAAAAAAAUGUAAAUCGAUUAUUUUGUGGUAUGUACAACACAAAUUAAUUUUACACAGAGAAAGAUGUUUCUAGGGAAAUGAAAUUCUGGUAAUUCAUACUAUUUGUAUGAACAAAUAAAAGCUAUAUUUUACCAAGCGA